AUGAUCAUCGCCGCUCACCGCAACAGUCACUCCGGCAUUCUGCCCCUGAUCGAUGGGCCGCAACGCGACUUCCUCACCGAUGUAUUCGUAGUCGCACGCCGCAUAUCAAUGACGGAUGUCAGCCUGGAUACGCUUGCUGCAAUGUUCAGCUGUCCAUGGACCGGCGAUGAAUCGAUCGGCAUCGACACGGCGGAGCUUCGGCACCUGACUGCCAACUACAUCAGUACCUGCAGACCAGUACUGAUCGCCUGCGACGUCUGCAAGGAUUGGGGAUUCACUGAAGGGAAGCCGCCUCAUAGAAUCUUUCUCCGCAAAUCAAUUAUAGAUGCAGGAGGUCGAGCAUACAGCCUCCGAGACUCGCUACAUUACUCCAAGCAUGUCUUCUUUGCCGCUCAAGUCCUGUCGCACGAGAUGGUCCAUCUGACCCGAAUGGCCUUGAGCCUCAUCACGGCCGGACGGAUCGAAUACGAUACACCUCCUCGAUUAAAGAUCAAGGGUGGCGGUCCGGGACGAGCCACCCCAUUGGGCACAUCAGGCGAAGCCGGCUGGGUCAUGGAGGACAGAGUAUAUGGUGGCAAAAUCGUCGCUUGUGAUCUGGACGAGGGCAAUCCGGCCCUUGGGCGACUGUGGAUCUCCGGAUUGACGGUCCCACAUGUCGGCUGGACGUUCGCCCUCCAGGACGAGGUCGUUCAGAAAGUUGUCCACUGCGAUCCGGGCUGGGAGCGGGAAUUUCCCUUGCGCGGUCGUUUCCAGAAUGUGGCCAGGCGGCUGGACAGAGUCAGGUUGGGCGGUCUGGAAAGUCCGCUAGGAGCAUCAGUCAGCUCCGCCGAAUCGGGAGGAGGGCAUGCUGGGGAAGGUUGGCGAGUAGGGAAUUGCGGGGGGAAAAUAAGCGUGGAAGAGGCAUCGGCAACGCCUAUCAGGCGGUAG